CAUCAAGAUCACCUCAAAGAUUGAAGGUGAAAAAAAAAGAACGCGGACCAAUAUAACCACACAUAUUCAACAUGUCCCUGGCACUCAGAUUGGCGUCCUCGGCGCUCUACUCCCCACUCGCGGGUGUCAGCAUAUCAGUGGCCUUGCCCAGGAUGCCCAUGCUCCCUAGACUAGCUGACUUUUUGCCCAAGAAAUGGGCAGAAACACCUGUAGUGUCGGUGGACCCAAGACUAGAGGAACUUGCCCGGCUCUUGGAGAAAAACAGUCAGCCGCCAUUUAUGAUUGACAACGGCGCGAUCUUGAAAGCUGCCCCCAAAAAGAAGCCCUCCUACAAGAGAACCAGAGAGAAGUUGUACUCGCCAGGAGACAAGCAGAUCCAGCCAUUGCACAACUUGCGUAGAUGUGCUGCGUGCGGCCGUGUCAAGAGAUCCCACUUCAUGUGCAUGCACUGUUUCGGCGAGAUCCGGGCAAUGUUGAAGCAGAAGAAGAAGGAGAUUUUCGGCGAGCCAGCCAAGUACGAGCAGGAGUUGGACUCUAUCGACAAGAAGAUUAUAUACCCAGGCAAGUACUAUACGCAGAAGGAAUGGCGCAUGGAGAAGAAGGAGUGGAUUCCAAAGAGAGAGGAGCCUUUGAUGUUCGACCCCUCCCAGGUGAAGAAGAAGAAGUAGCUGUGUACAUAGACUCGGAAGACAGCACCGCACAUUGGGCGCCUGUUGCUCAAUAAAAGCAAAUCCAAAAAUGGGGUUUUCAUGUGGGCGAGUCCGAUGAUUGAAGCUCGUGUCUCGUGGCUCCAGAACUAGAGAGGUCUAAGCGAUGGAGUUGGGAAAGGUGCUACAGGAACUCGGUAUUUGGACAACUUUAAUUAUCCCUUGUUUGGGGCUGGCUUCCUUAAUUCUUUGUAGCCUAAGAUGUCCAAUCGCUCUAUUGGCAUGUCUUUUGUCUUGAUGACUAUGGAGGUUGCGAAGUCACAUAAGCCCACUUUCGAAUCAUAUACGAGGGAAAACAUGAACAAUCAUAGUACAAACUUUUUUUAUAGUCCCCUCGUGUUAUUGACAACAUGCAUAUCAAGAAGCAAAGGUCCUUAUUUACCUCUGCCCGUAUAGUUGGUCUCUUACAUGGGUAGUCUCAG